AUGCCGGGCGGCAUGGCCCUCGUCCCCAGGGAAUUCGGUAAGGGCUCCCGCCAGUGCCGUGUGUGCGCCCACCAGGCUGGUCUUAUCCGCAAGUGGGGACUUGACAUGUGCCGUCAGUGCUUCCGGGAGAAGUCGAAGGCUAUGGGUUUCGUCAAGAACAACUAA